AUGUACACGCCGGCAGCCAAGAGACGACGCCUCGACAGCGCAAACGAGACGCUUCGAAAACCGUUCAAAUCACCCGCGGUCAAGCGCGACGACGCGCCCACGGCGGAGGACGGGACGGCGACGUCACCACGGCAUGCGGUCAAGACAGACUCACCACUGACCCAGCCCGGCGGUAGCGCGACGGGUACGACGGCACGACGAAACGAGACGCACAUGACCCCGGCCAAACAGCAACAGCAGCAUCAGUUCAAGACGCCCUCGCGGCACCACCGCCCGUUCAGCCUGUCGCGUCCGCAGCACGGCGUUUCCGCAUCGUCUCCCCACGCGACGCCGCUGGCGAAAAAGUCGACGAGCGCCGGCGACGUCGUCACGCCGGUCGGCAUCAGGAGUGCCAGGGAGGCGGAGGGUCGCGAGGAGAUCAUCAGGCAGGCGGAGCGGAUCCGGGCGAGGUCCGGAGCCGAGGAGCUGGAGGGGCUGGUGGGCAAGUGGAGGGCGGCGAGCCGGUUGGCUGCGGAGGAGGUGUUUGAGGCGUCGAGGGAGAGGGUGAGGGGGAUGGGCGGGAUGAAGGGUUGGGGGAGGGCGAGGAGGGAGGAGCAGAGGUGUUUUGCGGAGCGGAUGAGGGAGGAGGAGCCCGGACGUGAUGGUGGUGAGGAUUCUACGGGGCGAGUCGGAGCUGAGAGUGAUGGAGACGAGGACGGUGGUGGUGGUGACGAUGAUGAUGAUGACGAAGGAGAAGAACACGAGGAAGAGUUCACGAUGGGGACGAUGCUGAGGAGCAUGAACAUCGAUUUCGAUGUCAUCGGCUACGACGAGGAUACCGGAUGGUGGAGGGACGGAUGA